AUGGAAGACCAACUCCCAGAUGAUGGCCUGAAGUGGUUCGGCGAAGGCUUCGAUGGCUUCCCUAAGCGUCUGCCAGACGAUUGCGUAGAGUACGUUAUACAUGUUGUCCACGGCGGACUGAACUCCACUGCCGCUCUACGAACAAGGCUGAACGAGAUAUUGAAGGCGGCAAAUGAGUUCAAGAAGACGCUACUCAAAGAUUACAUCUGGCAGCGGCAAGAGUUCGACCUUGCGCUGCAUCCGAAGAUCGACCUGUCGAAACCAGAUCAGAAUGAAGCUGUUAAGACCGUUCCCCACUUGCGAGGACGGACAGACUUUGGUGACUCAGUAGCAGAUGAGUGGCUUGUCGUGCAUCUGCUGCACGAACUGAGCAAGAAGUUUCCGGAUGCCUGGAUACGCGUCUACGACACUGAUGGCGAGUUUCUGCUCAUCGAAGCUGCCAAUUCGUUGCCGAAAUGGCUCAAUCCUGAGAUCGCCGAAAACCGCGUCUGGAUUCAUGAAGGCCGUAUCAAGAUCAUCCCACUCGAUGAACACUCGCCACCACGAAACCUGACUUCAGAGGAGGCGCUAUUAUUCAUCAAACGAACGCCAGACAAGCUUCUCGUAGAUCCAUCGAUCGAGAAAGAAGCUUUCCAUAGGCUCCAGGAAUAUCCUUCAGCUAUCUCUUCUUCUUUUCAUCAUGCUCUCGUAACCAUCCCAAGAAGAUUGGCAUAUCUCCUCCAUCGAAAUCCAUCUUAUAUUUCGCCCGCUAUCGAAGCUUUCUACUUACGAGAUCCGAUCAGUCUGAAACCUCUUGCCACAAAAGAUACCAACACCCUCAAUUUUCCACCUGAGGACUUUGUCACUGUGAGCGUCAAGUUCACAAAGGUGGGUUAUGCUCAGCUGCGAAGUCAGCUAUUCGACCCGCCUCCAGCCUGGACUGGUAUUAUCCCUCGAAUGCAGGAUGAGAAAGUGGCGAUCGGGAUGAAACUUACUUGUGGGUUCGAGAUGGUGGUGACCGACAGCCAAAAUCAGGACAAGCGGGCCGUGCGGGAGAUGAAACUGUUGUUAGAAGACAUGGAGAACGGAGAGGAGGACUUGCCAACAGAUUCAGAGCUGAAGGAAUGGCCCAAGACGCAAGAUGAUGAGAAGUGGCUUGACAUCGACUAUAACGACUUCGAGAAGGAACUAGAUGGCAAAGGGGAGGCGCGCGGCAAGAAGGGCGGCUUCGGCGAUCAAGGCGCGCAAGACAACCUGCGAAAGAUGGUCUCCCGGUUCGAAGACUUUCUGGAGGACGAUGAAGCUGGAGUAGAUGGAGUUGACGAUAUGGACGAUGAUGAUGAUGGUGAUGCCACCAGUUCAUCCUCUGUGAAUGACGACGCAGACACGAAAACGAACGAUGAGUCCGAGGAGCCACCGACCUGCUUUAACGGGCCGGAAGCUCUCGAAGAUAUGGAGUUCGAGCGCGCCAUCCACGACACAACGGCUAUGCCAGACUGGCAUCUCGAAAAGUCUGGCUUGCUGGACGAAGCGCGCAAACUGGCUUUGGAGGAUGACGACGCAGACAUGAGCGAUAUUGACGAAGAUGAGGAAAUGCGGAAAGUCAUCGAGUUGAUGGAGCAGGAACUCAAAGGUCACGGAGCUCUGAACCUUGAGAACGGGACGUACAAGAAGGUGAGGUCCACAGAUAAUGCUGCGAAGAGCAAGCCUGAGGGCGCGGAACUCUCUUCCGAUGAGGAAGAAUUCAAUGACGUGGAUCUGGACUUGGCCAAGAAUAUGCUCGAAGCGUUCAAAGGACAAGCAGGCAUGAGUGGCCCUGCGGGAAAUCUGAUGAAAGCCUUGGGCGUCAGCAUGCCGAGAGAUGAGGGCGGAGACGAUGAAUGA